GUUUUUCUUCUUCUUCUUCUUCUUCUUCUUUUCGUUGUCCGCUUGAUGUUUGAUGCCUCCUCUACAACCAUAAACUAUUCCUUUUGAAAGGAACAGCUAGUUAACAAAGGCACAACAAGAACCCUCUUUGCCCCUUUUAACUAAUUCCUGGAUCUUGUGCGCACCCAGACUUUUCUUAUCUGUUGACUGUCUUAUAGUCUCAAAAUUUCUUCUUUGAUACCACAUUUCCAUCGAGGAAUAGAGUUUGUGAUUUAUGAUUUGCUCUCUUUCCUUGAAUAUGUAGAAACCAAGGUUCUUCUUUUGAUGUUGCAGCCUUGGAAUACCCAAAAAGGCCUUUUAAUUUGACACAUUGUUUGAUAAUUUGUUGUGGGCUAGGCUUAUUUCUUUAUCUCAUGGACUCCAUCUUUUCUCUGAUUUUGAUAGUAGUUACCUUGGGGUCGUCAAAAUUGCUGGGAUCUAAAGCUCAGAGCAUCAAAUCAGCUCAUCUUCUUGACCUCUACAUUAGAGAUUACACGUUCAAAUCAUUGGACAAACACUUCAGAACAGGCAUAGUACAGUCAGUGAGUUUACCUGCAAACCUCUCUGGCAUCAGAGUCGAUACAGUAAGGUUGCGGUGUGGCAGUCUGCGAAGAUAUGGUUCCCACUUAAAGGAAUUCCAUCUGGGUUCAGGUGUGGUUGUGCAUCCAUGUAUUGAGAGGGUCUUGCUGAUUAGACAGAACUUGGGGUAUAACUGGUCUGCUAUUUAUUAUGCUAACUAUGAUCUCUCUGGAUAUCAGCUUAUUUCACCAGUUGUGGGCCUCCUAGCUUACAAUGCUGAUGAAGAUGUAAAUGCCAUCAACCCUUUUCAACUCGGAAUUGUUGCUGGAGAAAAGCCCCUGACAAUUGAUUUUACCAAUAUUACUAGGUCUACAAAAUCAGAAGGAAUCAUACCAUUGUGCGCCAGUUUUGAAGGGGAUGGGAGGAUGACAUUGGCUAAGCCAUCAUCACCACAUGUUUGUAUUGCAAAGAGGCAUGGCCAUUUUGGUCUGGUUAUUGCAUCCCCUCCAGAGCAGUUCAAGAAGCCGAUUAGUCAGUGGAAAGUGGCAGUUGGGAGUACCAUUGGCGCUGCACUCGGUGCUUUUCUCCUCGGUUUGCUUCUGGUGGCCAUGCUUGUUAGAGUGAAGAAGAGAUCAAGAAUGGAAGCUUUGGAGAGGAGAGCAUAUGAAGAGGAAGCCCUUCAGGUUUCAAUGGUUGGGCAUGUCAGAGCUCCUACAGCAUCUGGCACUCGAACUACGCCUAUAAUUGAGCAUGAUUUCACCAUUGAAUAAAAAGUGGAUUGAGGUAUGAGUUAUUGUUAGUGAUCAAAAUAUAUAAUUUUCCAUGAUGUUGGCUGUCUCUUUGUAGGAAGCAGACAGUUGAAGUUAGGAUUAUGGUCUCCAUGCGUUGCAUAGAAUGCUAGCUUUUGAGAUCAUGGUUAACAGAGCCAUUAGGGAUAGUUUUUACGUUUGUGUUACGAGAAAAGUUACAAAUAAUGUACAGUUUCAAGUUACUGCUUUUCCCUCUUGAGCAAACAACCACCGAUACAUUGGACUGAAAAGAAAAUAGUGAACGCGAAUGUAACUGAGCUAGACUAUGCCAUGCAUGUUUUUAUUUCUUGUUUCUA